AUGGCAAAUGAAAACACCACACCAACGCAAUUUCUAGCGAAUCUACCAGUUUUCAAAGUUUCAAUUAAAGAGUCUAAGAACCCAACUGAGAUGAAGUUAGAAGAAAUUCAACCUUCAUUAAAGGCUUAUGAGAUAAGGCUGAAGCAGAGGAGCUCAGAAAGGGACAAGGUGGCAGAAAAGGCAUUACAAGCAAGAUUCAUUAAAAAAUUUGGGAAAGAAAAGGGAAAGAAUAUUCCUAAUGAUGAGAAGUCAAUAAAGAACUCAAAGAAUCAUUCUGAUCCGAUCAAGAAAGGCAUGGUCAACACGUAUUUUGGGAAGAAAGUUGACAUGAAGGAGGUGCAAUGGCAAAUCAACAUGUGGUACCUGGAUUCAGGAUGCAGUAACCACAUGACUAGAAAUAAAGACUGGUUCACCAUGCUAGAUGAAUCAGUUGAGAAAGUGAUAAAGUUUGCAGAUGGAAAUAGUAUCACAUCAAAUGGAAAGGGAGACAUCUCUAUUGUCAUAAGAGAUGGUCGAAAAUCUAGUGUCACUGAUGUGUUGUAUGUACCUUCGAUAACAAGUAACUUUAUAAGCAUAGGUCAAUUACUUGUAAAAGGGUACAACAUGAAGAUAUAA